UUGAUUGUUGAAAAUGUGUACUUUUCUGCUGUGUACCUAUACAAAUAAAUUUUAACGUUUAAAUACAAUAUGUACCGUGUAGAUUUAAUAUUCACGAUUUAAAAUUGAAUAUUCAAAUCCAUAGGCAUGUACUUGAAAUACCUAUUUAUAUUGUGCAACAUUAUUUUCGUUUGACAUGAGCGAUCAUGAGCGAUUGUCAAAUUACUUCAAAUUGUGACAAAUCGGGAUUUUGCAAUGUAGUUGCUACUUAUGCAUUUGCAUAUUUAUAUCGUAAAUCGAAAUUGCUAUACAAAUAUAGUUUAAUCAAUAUAAUUUGAGUAACAUAUUUAGUGAAAACCAUAUAUUUUUGGUUAAAUUCCAUUACGUCAGACAGUCACCUAAAAUAUAAACACUGGUGAACCAUUCGGCAUCUUGCUUGAUGUGUGUUGGCGUUUACAUCCACUGUAUCAUUAAAGGUAUUUUCGAAAUUAUUGCAAUCUACAAUACCUAACCACAGAUAAAGAAAUCUUUAACCAGUACAUAACUUAGAAGUUGAAAGAUCAGCGCACGAAGAGAUUUGUGAAUACCACAACUUGGUAACGUGAUUUCAUAAAAUAACAUCGUCAAUGUUUUGGGAUCACAUUUAUAGAAGUCGGCAGAUCAUGCAAGAAUUUGAAGACACAGAUGUCCACAAAACCAGUGUUUCUGUGUUCGUGGCGUUAUUCUAUUUGGAAAUGUUGUAUAUUCUUAUUAUGACCCUAUCAAUACUUAACAGACUAAACCAAAAUCUGCUGUAAAAAUUCCCUCUUUACGAAGUGUGUAACUGAAAAUGGUGUACCACAAUAAUUAUUCUGCGAGGUUAGACCUUGCUAAAGGUGAUAAAAACAUCUAUGUGAAUGUGCCCCAACUUCUACCACAUCAAAUUGAGGGUAUCAGAUAUCUCUACAAACAGUUUACUAAGAAAAAAUCUGGUGUGAUACUCAAUGACCCAACAGGAAGUGGAAAAACCCAUCAAAUAGUAUUGUUUUUAAAUGCUGUUAAAUGUUUGUUGAAACAACCAAUACUGAUAUUAUGUGGUGCUCAUGAAAAAAAACACUGGUUGUCACAUCUCCAAGUAUUCACAGAUUUUGGAAAUGGUGUGCUAUUAGAACCAAUCAAUCUGAAUACUAAAAAGAUGUUGGUAUGUGUUAACACAAGGAGUAAUCUGGCUUCACUUGUGAGUCAUCAGUGGAGUAUUGUUGUUAUAGAUGAUGACAGUGCUGUUAAUGACAUUUUAAAAAAGGGAUUUAAGACUGAUUUUAAAAUUUGGAUGACUUCCGUUGAUAUGAAGACAAAUUUAGAAGUAUUUUGGAGUAUUUAUGGUUGGCUUUGUCCAAAAGAAAAAGAAAUGACAAAGGAAAUCUUUUCUAAAAUGAAGGAAACAAAUGAUAAGUUAGCCAAUUUAAUAUUGAUUGAUGCUGUAAUGGAAGAUGUUGUGCUGAGGAGAGUUAAUGGUUUAUCACCAUUUAAGAAACAGACUAAUGUAGCAGAAAUGGAAAUAAAGGUAACUAGGAAGAAUAAAGAUGUGUCUGGGAUUAAGGUUAAGAGAACAAAAAUACAAACAAAUGUUGAAAAAUCUUCAAUAUCCAAUGUACCAGACUUACCAGUACGAAGUAUAUUAGACAAUGUGAUUACCAACUUCCAAAAUGAUGAUAUCAAUGUUGGUUUGAACCAAACAGGUAAUGAUCGACAUAGGCAGGAACCUAUGAUAACUAAUGAAGAUAUUUUAAAAUCUACAGAACCAAUUAACAACUGUAAAACUAGAAUUCUAGAUAGUCUGACAAGUACAAAUGAUUACGAAUCAGAAUAUGAGAGCAAUGAAAGCAAGUUUGCCAACAAUGCUUCACAGAAAGCGAAAGGCAUACAAUUAAAAAACAUUGAAACAUCUGAAAUUGUAACUGAACUGAUAUCUGUUGAAAAUAAACCACAAACUGUUUUCCAGGUACUAAAUGACAGUAAAGGUAUUGAAUUAACAGUUGAUAAAACACCCUUGUGUGUUGAAAAUGUGGAAAGAAAAAACGUAACUAGUAUUCACAAAAAUAUUGAAGAAACCAUGAAGCAAAUGGAAGAAAAAGCAUUGAAAAAAUUUAAGGGCUCUUUUUUAGAUAGCAUAUUUUAGGUGAAGUGAGAUUAACGCGUAAGAUGUAUAACUAUUUAUGUAAAUAUAAUGUAAGAAAAUGUAGGAAUGUAUGUAGGUGUUUUUAUAGCAUUUUAUUUCGUAUUCAAGUAGAAGAUUGCUGACACGCCGAUCGGCAAAUUAGUGCUCGCACUUGACUUCUUCAAAAUAUGUGUAUAUUUUUUAUUAUAUAUAUUUUUUUUUUUUCUUUAAAAGUGAGACAUUCUAAGGAAAUCUACUAACCCGCUGUAUCAGUUGAGCGUAAUGGGGAUUCCAAUUCAGAUCCAGUAUUCCCGUAUAUUCUCGAUUAACGUUUUCUCAGUUCCAUCACUUUA